AUUCAUUCACACCUUUGUCGUGCCUCAACAAUCCCCUUUCUUCUUCGGUUCUCUAACUAACUGAGCAAUCUCUUUUUUAUCGUUUUGUCUUUCUUUCUACCUAUAUGGAAACUCAAGAGCUGUUCCGAAUGCAAGAUCUAGAUUCUACGGUGUCGUUUUCUCCCAGUUUCAAUAGCUACUCCUCUGAUCAACUAGCUGAUAUCGCAGAUAAAGUCGGGAAAGAGGAAGCGAACAAUAUGGUUACUGUUUUCACGAACCAAAACGACAACCAUAGCAGCGGCAGCAGUAGCAGCGAUGAGGACGACGUUGAUUUCGAGUUCGUUUUGGUCGGCGCAAAUCCCGAAUUUUGUACAGCAACCGAUGAAGAUCAUAAGGUCGCCUUUCCGAUUUUCCCGCUGUUCGAUCGAGAUCUCCUGUUGAAGUAUGAAAAUGAGUCAAAAGACCAGAGCCAAGAUCACAAAUCAUCCACAGUUCGCUUACCUUUGGAGAAUAUGUUUAUUGAAGAUCGAGAUCCUCCAUCCUCGUCUUCGGGUACUGAUGCGGACGAAUUAGACGGAAUUUUACCUGAAACUUAUUGUGUUUGGACGCCGCAAAAGUCGUCACAAUCGCCUUCGCCUAACCGUUCGCCGUCAAGAUGCAAAAAGAGCAAUUCCACCGGAUCAUCGUCGAAGCAACGGUGGCGUUUGCUAGAUUUGUUGCAUCUUCGAAGAUGCAGCAGCGACGGAAAGGAAUCGUUCAUAUUUUUGAAUCCAGAUCAUAAUCAUCAUCACGAUAAUAACAACAACAUCAAUUCAGGGAAGAAAGAGGAGAAAGUUGAAAAAGGCAAAAUAGUUACGGCAAAAGCAGGCAUGCCCAAAGGGAAAGUAUCAGCACAUGAAUUGUUCUAUAUAAGGAACAAGGCAUUGAAGGAAGGAGAUAAGAGAAAAUCGUACUUGCCAUACAGGCAAGGACUGGUGGGCUUCUUUGCCAAUGUGAACGGACCGGGCAGGAAUUUUCCUCCAUUCUAAUUAUAUAUAUAUUUCAAAAAAAAAAAAAAUUAAAUUCCGUUAAUAGGAUUUGGAGAGUUUGAGGAAAUUUGUUUUGGUUUUGUUAUAAUUUAUUAGUUGUGUAAAUAUUUAUGUUCAUAGAUAUAUUCUUGGUUUGGAAUUUUUAAUUAGAAGACCAAAUUAAUGGCA